AUGGUACGACAGCAUCUUGCCGACUGCGACUGUGAACGCUGUAAACCCUUGCCGAAAACGCUGCAGUGGCUUGUGUACAGAACAACAAAAAAGGAGCUGGCCAACGAGGAGAUUUAUGCCCAACGCAAACAGCAAGAGUGCCGUGUCGCCGAGGAUUUAAGGAAAUGGUCCAAGGGGAAAACCCCCCAGCCUGACCCCUAUCAACCCCCAGCGUCGCAGCGAGUCACCCGGUCUCGAAAUUCUUCUUUACCGGGACUAUCGCCGGAGACUUUGAUAGUCGCGCAAACCAUUCUGUACCGGUUCAAAGAGGGCCGAACCUAUUUCACGCACCUUGACAUUCAGAUCAUGUUUUCCUGGCAUACAUAUCAAGCCAUGGAAGGGAGGACCGUGGACCCGGCCUUAUCUCUGCUUCUUGCGUGUAUCAUGAUACCCUUUGCGACGGAUGAAAGACUUGGCACCCGUGCCACGGAAAUCCUGCCGGGGAGCCGAAGUUCUAUCGGAGAUGAGCGCGCGUCUGAAAUCAAAGAGAUUGCCCGUCUACUUGCGGCAGAUGGCGCCGGGCUGCGGAUGUGGGACACUUUGCAGCAGGGCACCAUUUUUGCCUUUGGAGCCUUGAACACUGCAUCCUCGCGGGUGUUGCCUGUUGUCUCGUUGGAGUCCUCGUCCACUUCGCUGUGCAAGAGUGGCUCGGGUGAGUCGGUCGGGCAGAUUUUGGAAGGCGUGGUUAUUGGACCACCGCGCUCUUCCUGUUCGGAAGAUCUGGCGGAUCGGCUACAGGAACAUGUGCGUGCGCAGCAACUGGAGGAGGAUAAGCAGUUCUGGAUCCAGCGAGUCCGGGACAUUGAAUCGGAACAGGUCAAAUUACGGGAGCUCUGGGCGAUGAUGGAGUGCAGGUUGUCGGCUUUGGAGAGUGAGAAUCGGCGUCUCAAGGAAAUACUACACACAGCAGCAUCCAUGUGCACAAAGCCUUGGAGCUGUUGA